AAACGAUGGUCCAUUUGGCGCGGAUUACCAUCGUAUGUUGAGGGAUCACUGUACAUCGCUCCUCGCUAAAAAGAGCAGGGGCCCCGUCCAGGAGAUCAUGGAGGGCCCCAGCGGUCAGACUCCCCAGCUACUUAUUGCCUAUCCUGUGGUGAGGGGGUUAAGAAAUUUUUGCUGGAGUUCUCCUUCAACACUAGGCAAAAAUAAUUCAUCAAAACGUGCCACCAACAGGAGCAUCAAAUGUACCCCGGAGUCAAGAAGUACAGCAAAUAGUUCAGCCCAGAAGAUCAAUCGUGGGAAAGGGAUACAAGAUGACCAGCACUAAGAUGGAGGAAAUAACCCUGAACCUCGGGGAUCUGGACCUGACCUCCGAUGACAUCACUCUGGACAACGUCAGCAUCCACAUUCAGGAGAACCUGGAGGACGCCCUCGUUCAGGAGGCCUUGAAAACGGGUGUCGACCUCCGACAGUACUCCAAGCAAGUGGAGAUGGAGCUGCAGCAGAUAGAACACGUGUCCAUCAAGGACUAUAUAGAACAGAGUCAGAACAUCGCCUCCCUCCAUAACCAGAUCAUCGCCUGUGAUGCCAUUCUGGAGAGGAUGGGCCUCAUGCUGGGCGGCUUCCAGUCUGACCUCAGCUCCAUCAGCUCGGAGAUCCAGUCCUUACAGGAGAUGUCCUUGGCCAUGAACAUAAAGCUGAAGAACCGUCAGACAGUGAGGAGUGAGCUGAGCGAGCUGGUGGACGAGCUGAUCAUUCCCAACAUCAUGAUAAGUGUCAUUCUGGACGUCCCGGUCACAGAGCAGCAGUUUGUGGAGCAGUUACAGGAGCUGAACAACAAGAUAAACUACGUGAAGGAGCAAUCGUUCAGGGACACCCAGGCCUGCGGGGACGUACAGGACACUCUGCAAAAACUCAAGAUCAAGGCCGUAGCUAAAGUCCGCGAGUUCAUUCUGCAAAAGAUCUAUUCCUUCCGGAAACCUAUGACUAACUACCAGAUUCCCCAGAAUGCACUGCUCAAAUACAGGUUCUUCUAUCAGUUCCUCCUGGGGAAUGAGAGAUCUGUUGCUCAGGAAAUCCAGGACGAGUACGUGGAGACCAUGAGCAAAGUUUACUUGUCUUACUUCAAGUCUUAUACCAGCCGCCUGAUGAAAGUGCAGUACGAGGAAGUUGCAGAGAAAGGCGAUCUGAUGGGCCUAGAAGACACCGCCAAAAAAGGCUUCUUCUCCAAGCCGGCGUUGCGGAAUAAGAACACAGUGUUCACCGUGGGGAACAGAGCGGCCAUCAUUAGCCCCACAGAGCUGGAGGCUCCGAUCAUUGUGCCGCACACCGCGCAGAGGAGCGACGUCAGAUACCCGUUCGAGUCUCUGUUCCGCAGUCAGCACUACGCCCUCCUGGACAACAGCUGCCGAGAAUUCCUCUUCUUGUCGGACUUUUUCUUGGUGAGCGGCGCCGCAGCGCAGGAGCUGUUCAAUACGGUGAUGGGCCGGACGCUAUCCAUGUUCCUGAAGCACAUUGAUUCCUAUGUGUCCGACUGCUACGACAGCAUCGCCAUCAUCCUGUGCAUACACAUCGUGCUCCGAUUCAAGGGCAUUGCCCAGAGGAGGGACAUCCCCGCCAUCGACAAGUACUGGGACGCUCUGCUGGAGAUGUUGUGGCCGCGCUUCCAGCAUAUAUUGGAGCUGAAUAUACAGAGCAUCCGGAACACAGACCCUCAGAAACUGGGGACUCUAGACACCAGGCCGCACUAUAUAACAAGACGUUAUGCGGAGUUCUCCUCGGCCAUUGUUAGCAUAAACCAGACAUUUCCAAACGAGAAGACGAACGUCCUCCUGGGCCAUCUGCAGUCGGAGGUGGAGAACUUUGUCCUGAGGAUGGCGGCUGAAUUCUCGUCUCGGAAGGAGCAGCUCAUCUUCCUGAUCAAUAACUACGACAUGAUGCUCGGCGUCCUCAUGGAACGGGCGUCUUCUGACAGUAAAGAGGUGGAAAGUUUCCAGCAGCUCCUGACGGCGCGGACCCAGGAGUUCAUAGAAGAGAUCCUGUCUCCAUCUUUCGGGGGAAUGAUCGCCUUCGUAAAAGAAUCGGAAGCUCUUAUAGAGAAGGGGCAGCAGGAUCGGCUGAGGAGCGAGGAAGCUCGCGUGGCUCUUCUGGUGCGAGGCUUCUCUUCCACGUGGAAACAGGCGGUAGAAAUGCUGAGUCAGGACGUCAUGAGGUCGUUCACCAACUUCAAGAAUGGCACCAGCAUAAUACAGGGGGCGCUCACGCAGCUGAUCCAGUACUAUCACCGAUUCCAUAAGAUCCUCUCCCAGCCCCCGCUCAGGAAUCUUCCGGUUUGCUCAGAAUUAAUAAAUCUUCAUCAUCUGAUGGUCGAGCUCAAGAAACAUAAACCGAACUUCUGAGGCGUCUGGAUGGUCACGCAAUGUAUCAUAGGAUCUACACUACCGUCUCGUGUGCAAUGUCUUCUAUUGUUUUUAAAUUAAUUUAAAAUGGUAAAUGUGUCCCUAAUAAAGUAAAAGUACUCCGCA